AUGGCUCGAGAAUUAUUGGUGGAGCUGGCAAAGUGCAAAAUUUCGGUUGUGACAGACCUCGUCCAUGCCCUGGAUGGUGAUCGCUCUGCUAGUCCGUAUGAUUGGGCAGCUACUGUGCAUCAAGAACUUGGCCAAAAUGAUGGAAAUGCGAAGGGUCUCACGGCUCUUGCCAGCUACUACUUGUCUCAUCUUGUUAUUGCUUUCAGGAAUCCAGGUGGAAAAAGGACUCCUCAAGAGAGCAUACACCCUACACCCAAUCCUAAGCAUAUAGAGGAGAUUACAUCAUUGUUAGAGUCAGCCACUAUUUGUCAGAGUCAAUCGGCUUUGAGAGACCUGAUCUUUCUUCGCGAUGGGAGUCAUUGCCCUGUUUCCAAUUAUCCUUUCUUUGGGAAGGAUAGGGUUAUACGGCCCCGCUGCGCGCACAUCAUCCCAUUCUCCGCUCAUUCUAAGACACAUACACAUCAUGCGAUUGAGGUAUUUACUGGUCAGAUGGUGAAAGCAGAGUUUAUCCAGCGAUUCAUAAACCAUCCUUCCAAUGCCAUCAAUAUCGGAUUAUCGGCCCACGAAUCAAUGGAAAAGACACUAGCUUGGGGAAUUGAGGCCAGGUUAGUCGAUCAUAGGUGGAAAUAUCGUUUCCGAGAGGUUCGACCGGCGAACGUGUCAGCCACUAUUCCUCUCAAGGAUGGCGACGAAAUAGAAUUUGGAAAGGGAACUGGCGGCGAUCUGAUUGGAUUACCUGAUCCUCAGAUUUGCCAUCUCCAUCUAGCUGUUGCCCGGGUCUUUGCAGCUUCGGGUGCUGCGGAGGUGUUUGAUAAAUAUUUAGAGGAUGAUGAGGAUUACAUGACACAAGUUCCCGUUUAUUUCGGCGGUCCAUUUGUCGAUGAUGAUGAGCUGAUGCGUAGGAUAGAGGCGUUAGUUACCUAA